AUAUUCCUUAAAAGCUGGACUUGGUGGCGCACGCCUUUAAUCCCAGCACUCAGGAGGCCAGCUUAGUCUCCACAGUGAGUUCCAGGCCAACUGAGGCUUCAUAUUGAGACACUGUCUCAAAAAAAAAAAAAAAAAAAAUCGUGCCAUGAGUGUUUUGCGUAUCACACCAUAUGCAUGCAACGCCUGAAAUGGCCAGAAGAGGGCAUCACAUUCUCUGAAACUAGAGUUUUAGGCAUCUGUGAGCUGCCCCGUGGGAUGCUGGGAAUCAAACCCAAGUCCUCGACAAGGACAGCUAGUGACCUUGAUCACUGAACCAACCCAGGAUUUCUUUAUGAUUGAUGGGAGAAUUCUGUAAUUAACUGGAGGUGAUGGUUUCAUGCCCAGUGAGUAUCAUAAAAUUUCCUGAUUAUGUAUAACUCAAAUGUUGACGUUUAUGUUAUGGGGCAUGAGCUGGAGUUACAGGCUGUUAUGAGCCACUUGGUAUGGGCACUGUGAGUUGAACCUGGGUCCUCUGUAAGAGCAGUAUGUACUCUUAACCACUGAGCCAUCUUUCCAAUACCCUUUAUUUUUAAAUUACGUAUAUGUUGGGGAUAUGUGUGCAUGAAUUCAGGCACCCAAGGAGUCCAGAAGAGGGCACCAGAUCUCCCUGGAGUUACAGGUGCUUGUCAGCGGCCCACUGUGGAUGCUGGGAACUAAACUCAGGUCCUCUUCAAGAGCACUACGCCACCAUAACCACAGAGCCACCUCUCCGGCCCCUCUCCUGCAUGCUUCAAAGGUGGGCAGUGGCACGACUGGCCUCAUGCAGACCUGGAGAGCUUUCGGCAUGCGUUUUACGAAAUGUUGGCUCUCUUCUGGUCUCCCAUCUCUCGGUCCAAGAGCAAGCCUCCUUUUCUCUUGUGGAAAAGCAUUUGUUAGUCAUUUGGAUUCCAGAUAAAGCCUCCCUUUCGAAACACUAGGACUUGAUGCCUAACCCAGGCAGACUUGGAACUCAGGACUUGUGAGCCUCCUGCUUCAGCCACCCGAGUUCUGGAAUUAGAGCUGUGUGUCUGUCCAAGCCUUCUUGCCACGAUCCCCUCCCUGCCAUCUCCUAAGCAUCUUUAAUCAUGCUCUGUUUCCAUAGCAACCGCUUCCUCCCUUUCCCUCCUCCGUCCCCUCUUCUCCCUCCUUCUUCCUUCCCUCCUCCCCCUUCUCCUCUGCUCUUCACCCUCUCUGCCCUCUCUUUCCCCUCCACCAGUUCUUUCUUUUUCUCACGGAUCUCCACUUCAUUCAGUAACAUCACCCAGUGCCCGCGAGCAGCCUGCUUCCCUUUUCUCUCCUGCCCUGCAGUUUGUCUUCUCCCCAGUCUCACACGCAGACAUCACAGAGUAUCCUGCCCUGCUGAUCCUCUGCCUGGACACACAGCCAGAGCCGUCUCAUUUGCAUAAGGGCACUCUAACACCGGUGACACAAUUCCUGGGGUCCCUUCCAGGGUUGGGUCGUGCCCUCUGCAGCGCAGCUCAGUGCUGGGGUUAAGAGGCUUGUCUCUCUGUUCUCAAGAUUUAGGAGAUGAUUUGUGGCAAAAACAAAACAAAACAAAACAACCCUUAGGUUGUUCUCAGUCCUUAAGUCUCCGGUAUUUUAAGGACGCAUUAAAAGCUUUGGCAUGGGUAACGGACUAUGCUCAGCAACCAAAUUUGUUUCCUAAAGUUGUCCAGGAAAUGUCCUAAUGGUCGACAGUUGGUUCCAAGAACCUUUCAAAGUAACAUCAAGUAGGGACUGGAGCUCUGGGGAUUUUGAGGGCAGCGAGGAGAUGAACGGCUUCACAGAGAAGCGUGGGGAUUUCCCAGGAGGCCCUGCUCAGUUGAGUCACAGGUCCUGUGUUUGACCUGUGGUCUUCUGGAGCGGCAGAACCUCGCCGAGCUGCUAAGGAGCAGAACGUUUCUUUCUUCGCUGCCCCGAGAUCGCAAGUGUCCUGUGCAUGUGACGUUUCGCUAUGGGAAGCAGCUGUUACAACAUGGUGGUCACCGUGCUGCUGGUGGUGGGCACCGAGGAGGUGAGAGCCACGCGGAACCCCUGUGACAGCUGUGAGGCUGGGACUUUCUGCAGUAAAUACCCUCCGGUCUGCACCAGCUGCCCUCCAAGUACCUACUCCAGCACAGGUGGACAGCCGAACUGUGACAUCUGCAGAGUGUGUCAAGGCUAUUUCAGGUUCAAGAAGCCUUGCUCCUCUACCCACAACGCAGAGUGUGAGUGCGUGGAGGGAUUCCACUGCUUGGGGCCAAAGUGUACCAGGUGUGAGAAGGACUGCAGGCCCGGCCAGGAACUAACGGAGCAGGCAUUUAAGAAGGCGGUUAGAACUGCUCAAGAGGAAGAUGCUUGUAGCUGCCGGUUUCCAGAGGAAGAAGAAGGAGGAGGAGGAAGCUACGAGCUGUAAUGUGCCAUCCUAGGAGAUGUGGGGACCCUCAGGAAACCGAGAAGCACUAAGACCCCCACCCUCCUAGGGAGUAGCACAAGUUACCCCACCCCCCUGUUCUUAAAACCAUCCUAGAUGGCAUUUGAGCACGCACCCCGUCCAAGUCUCUUCUGAUGCUAAUAUAUUUGUUAAUUUUUAAA